AGACUUGAGGUCUGACAGUCAUACACUGAUUCGCUCAAAAAUGGCAGGCAAAAGGGCAUUAGUAAUCCUCUCUAAAGGUGCAGAGGAGAUGGAAACUGUUAUACCCGUGGACAUCAUGCGUAGAGCUGGGAUUGCUGUGACAUUGGCUGGGUUGACAGGCAAAGACCCUGUGCAGUGCAGCCGAGACGUCUACCUGGUUCCUGAUGCCAACCUGGAGGAUGCCCGCAAGCAGGGUCCGUAUGAUGUGGUUCUCUUGCCAGGGGGAGCACUGGGUGCCCAGAACCUGUCAGAGUCCCCUGCUGUGAAAGAAGUGUUGAAAGACCAGGAGGACAGGAAAGGGCUGAUUGCUGCCAUCUGUGCAGGUCCCACUGCACUCCUGGCACAUGGUAUUGCCUAUGGCAGCACAGUUACAACCCACCCUGCUGCUAAGGACAAGAUGAUGACUGGAGGCCACUACAAGUAUUCUGAAGCACGUGUCGAGAAGGACGGCCAUCUGAUCACCAGCCGUGGGCCAGGAACCAGCUUUGAAUUUGCCCUGGCCAUUGUAGAGGAGCUCAUGGGGGCUGAGGUUGCUGCUACAGUGAAAGCACCACUGGUUCUGAAAGACUGAGUUGUGUUGAGCAUUUUAGCCGAAAGCACUGCAAGCAGCAUUAUUAAUUACACCCCAACUCAGCACUUUUCAUCAUUGUACCCAGGCCAACUACUCUACUGCAGGCAAAGAACAAUGAUUGACUGGAUAAUGUGUUAGAGUAAUGAGAUGGAUCUGCCUUUCUUUCCUCCCUUGGUACUUGUUUUCCCCUGCACUGUAAGCAUCAAUGAUUUGGGAUUUUGAAAUGGUUUUGUUAUGCAUUGUAAAAUCAUUCAUGUUCUGAGGGGAAUAAACCUUGGUUUGUUGCAGCU